GGGUAUUAUGUACACAAGUGGGAUUGAAGAUUGUACUCCAAUUCCUGAUGAGUAUCAUGAAGAAGAAAAAUGCUCGAUAAAUGCCACUGUUCAUGAGGAGCUUAACAAGAAUGACAUCUCAUCAAAGAAAGGGAACAUUAAGUAUAAUGAGUACAACAAGUUCUUAAAAGAACUGAAAGAGUUAGCUAAACCAUCGAUGCCGAUGAGGCCAAAGCCCAAGAAGCUCUUUGUGCCAAGACCCAGGAUGAAGAAGUGGAACACUAGAGACUGAAGAGCAACUAAAAUUGACCAUUUUAAGUUCAACAAACCUCCUCUUGGAAGCAGGGUUAGCCAAAAUAGCUGUUUUAAGUUUGGAAGUUCUCCUAAACGUAAAAAUCAAAAGCCUAAGAAGCAAGUUCGGAGAAAUUUUUCAACAGAUUCCACAUUCAGGUCCCAAAGCAAUAAUCCCCGAAACCCCAGGAUGCGUAAAUGGCUGACUAAACCAGUCAUAAUAGGGAGGACUCCGUCCAAGUACCGAGUUGUGUAUGAAAACAAUAAGUCUAGACUACUCUUAGAAGACAGUGAAGAAGAGGUUCGAAAUAAGCAUUGCCGUGUUGCGUUCAUAAAAUAACUUGUUCUAAAAUUUCAC